AUGUCCAGACCCAAGCACCACUCCAGGGCCACAUUGACUACCGUUCUAUUCACAGCUUUCCUCACCGUCACUCUGACCCUCAUCCUGAUAGCCCCGCUAGACUACCUCCUCCCCGUCCUUCGCUAUCCCUCGUCAUGUGCUCGGCAAGACCAAACCCACCGCCGCGUCUUCGACCCCAACCAUGACCUCGAACGAGACUCCUUCAAGUCCACCCCGAUUCAGAAGCAACUGUCAUGGGAGGACCUCCUCAUGCCCGACAGCGGCGGCGGCAUCCUGGCCCAGCAACCGCCCCCCGAUGCAGAAAGCGAUGCCCACGAAGACACGAAUGACAAAGACCUCAACAUCUCCUACGGGAUCUCCAUGUUCCACCAGCUGCACUGUCUGAUCAUCCUGCGCGGCCUGAUCUUCCCGGAAACCUCCCACAAGAAAGUAAACUCGACGCUGCUCCCGCACUCGGAGAAUCCGGACAUGGACCGGUUCCAUUGGGCGCAUUGUUUCGAUUACAUCGCGCAGGUGUGUGCCCCAGAUACUGCAGGAUAA